AUGAGCAAUAUUAAUCCCACUGAACUAAAUAUAAAAGUUUCAAAAGCUAAGAAUACUAGAGAUGACAGAAUACUUGUUGGGUGUAGUAAGAAUGAAGACGCACCUAAAUUUGAAGAUGCAGCUAACCCAAAAUUAUCAGAUGCUUACGAAGUAAAAGAUAUUAAAAGUAGAAAUCCAAAAAUUAGAAUAGUUGGAAUGAUUGAGAAGCAUGAACCUGACGAACUUAUUUCGUUACUUAAGUACCAAAAUGAUGGCAUUCAAUCGUCCAGAGUUUGCAGCGUUGUAAAAAUUUGGGCUACCAAGAAAAAUGAUAAGAUGCAUCAAACAACUCUAGAAAUUGAUGCCGAAACUUAUGUGAAAGCAAUGUCUCUUCAAAGUCUUUUUGUUGGCUGGGAUGUAUGUUCAGUGUUUGAUGCUAUAGAUAUCACAUUGUGUUAUAAGUGCAGCGGCUUCGGUCAUAACCAAGGGUCGUGUUUAAAAAAUAUUGCUUGCCCUAAAUGUUCUCGACCACAUCAAUUUAAAGAUUGUCCCGUUGAAAUGAAAAAAUGUAUUAUGUAUUAA